AGUGGCUACGAAAGCGUGUGCUAUGUCGGCUGUUUCUUCUCGUAUUUUUGCAAAGAUAUCGGUCAUUCGUGCUGGAUUUCCUCUUUCUCUAGUUUCAUUUUUCUCCACUUUACUCGUUUUCUCGUCAAUUCAUUGUUUUUGAAACGUUGUGAGAUGCAAUAUUUUCUUCACCCCAACGACUAUUACUUUACCGGCAUCCAUGGUGAACAUUGAAAGUAUGUGAGAUUGAGUGUUCGAUUCGGAAUGAAAUCAGCCCCGUUGGCUUUUUUACUUAGUUCAUGCUGCAGCGUUGUCUUCGCAUGCAUUAUUAUUGUUUAAUCGACCGUUAGUGUAUUUACUAGACUAAAAGUAUUGUAGCUCAGGCUGCUAAAUGCUUUAUAAAACAGGGAGUUAUUAUUGAACCAACUUCGGCCAUUUACUCCUGUAACAAAAUUAUCAAUUUGCAUUUGUGGAUAUAAAUAUCCAUAGUGAUAUCGCGACAAAAGUGCUGAAAGUUUAUCUGGUGAAAUUAGAACAAGUCGAAUUUCUCCCAGCAUUGAAAGUUUUGUGUAGCUUUUAUGGUUCUUAAUUUCGCAUUAAUAAUGCUUUAAUAUUUAUUUUGUUUGAAUUCAGUGAGUUUUGUGGCUUGAUUUCGUGGUUUGAUUAAAAAUUUACGAUUUAAACCUGGUGAUAACUAAAUUCCACUGAUACCCAACAACUUCCUGCCCAGCAUAUUUUCCAACCGUGGAGGUUACUUUCAGUGUCACAAUGUUACAUGCUUGCCAUCUCGAAAAAUCUAGAUCGACUAGUACCCCAGAUGAAAUUUGCAGUGACUUUCGACGAGCUCUGCGCGAACGUGCAAGUAAUCAUAGCCAAUAUUACCGCCAUCUAGCAGGCACGCCGGUAAUAAAUACACUUACUGAACAAUGUACCCGAGACCACUGCCAUCAAGCUAGCGCCUCUAAUAUCACACAAGAAAGUUGCUUAAAUGGAAAUCCCAACCUUCCGAAAACGUGGCCAUCGAGGCCCCAACCUGCAGCCAUCACAGAUUCACCUGCGAAUUAUUUGACACCAUCUGAAUCAACACCUCGCCCAAGCGCUGAUAAGGCAAUCGUAAAUCAUCAACCAACAAUAUUAAAUGUCGACAAAAUUGAAUUUAAUGAUCGAUACAAAGGCAAGCAAAUUGAUAGCGCGGAUACGGUGGUGACGUCAAUGGUACCAACGGACUCGGCAGGCAAACACAGUCAGCAAACAGUGGUUUCAAUAAGUGUCGAUAGUAGUAACGAUAGUGAUGCUCCCACUUUCGCCCAACCCAGUGCUGAUUCGCCAUGUUCACAACUGAUUGCAUCUCCAGACGAUAACAAUCCCGUCAAUGUUGGCGUUGGGAACGAUAUCAUUAGUGUGUCAGCUUUAGCUGGUGGAGCUCAGAAUCAUUGCGCCGAUAAGAAAUCGUCCGUGUCGGCACUACCGUCGUCGGUCGUCAUUGCGCCCGCGAUAAACAAUAAUAAUAAAACGUGCGAGCAACAUGAUCGGAAUCACAGUAAUUAUUCAACGUUUGUGCGGACAACGUCGCUUAGUUCUUUCGGUACCACCAAUCAAGAGAGUGAUAGUCAUUUAUAUGCUUGUCCGGGUGUGAGCCGCGACGUCGUCCAAGGCAACGAGGACUCGGACGGGUGUUCGACCCCAGUACCAGCUGAUCCUAUAUCGCAGGAGGAAGAGCUCCUCUUUACGAGCUUCCUUCCAAAUAGUAAUUCGGAUGUUAGUUCAUGCAAUCCAAGGAUCAAGAAUAAGUAUUCGAAUUUUGAGAAAGGACUCGGAGGGGAUGAUUUUCGGAAUAGUGGUCCUUCAGCAAACGAAACUUUUCAAGCAGAUGUUAGUAGCAGUGGUUUAAUUUUUCGGCAUUACCGUAAAUCAGCAAAUGCUGCAGAUACAGGUGAACAAGAUUUAGUUGGUGAUGGAGAGCAAGGUAUUGGUUGCGUAGCUCAUAGUGUCCUUGGAGUAAAGCCUAAUGACGCUAGUGAUAAGUGUCCAGCUGUUGCAAUAACUGAUGAUCUGAGAAUAGUGAGUGCAGUGAAUUCAUCUACAGUGAGACCUACCGAUCUGUCUAAGGACAUCAACCUCCAUACUUUGGCUAUCGGUCCAAGUGAAGGGCAAUCGCAGAACAUUCAACAGUAUUAUAAUUUUCCGUGUGUGGAGAAGCUCGUAAAAAUGUAUACGAAACUUUUGCAAGAUAAGAAAAGCGAAACGAAAUCGUCUGAUGUUACCGGUGAUGAUAAAUCCAAGGCUAUACUGAGCGGCGGCGAAGUGAGUGAAGACUGCGAUAUGAAAUCAAUGGAAGGAUUACGUAUCAAAGACGUUCGGAUUACUGAUAUGAGUCGUGGUAGCCCGAUUUCAGAUGAAGGGUGUGCUUUGGCUAGCAGCCCGUAUUCAUCAGAUAUCGAAGAAAACGAAAAUGAUCCAAGUGUUGUCGAGCAAACGGAAGGAAAGGAGAAGGUGCUUCGAUCCUCAAGCAGUGACUCGGCCCUUGAUUUGGAUGAUGAGCCACCAAUGGAACCACCGCCAAAUAUGAACACUGGUCGACGGAUGACCCUAACAGUCACAGAUAUUCCGCUGAGAGCGGCAUUGCUCCCUGUUCCAGAACCUCACAGUCUACCUGAUUCUACUGUUCCAAUCGAACCGGCUCCUGCUACACCCGCCAUCCAAACAGCAGUUCCUAGUAAAGUUAUUCUUGAAGAACGGCUUGUCGAGAUUCCUGAGGACAAGUUUCCGUCCGCGUCGAAUUCGCGUCGUGAAUCUGCCUUAACCAGCUUGAGCGAUUUUGACCCGAUUGAAUGUGGAGCGGUGCGAUUUGUUAGAACGCCUUCGGUCGUGGUAUCGGAUUAUUCUGAUGAUAUUUUAUGCGGGGUCACCCUUGAGGAAAUAGAGUACUUCCGGGCCCAUCGUAUGCGUCGUCGUUCCUCUGCUGAUACAAAUCAUACGGAGAAGGACGAUGCUGCAUCUGACGUAAGUGCAGCUUCCUCAUGCAGCAAUUUGGAUUAUUGUGGAUCCACUAUUAGUGGGUUAGACGGAACCGAGUAUUACGUGAAUGGAGAACGGAUGUCUAUUGAUCGCAAGGUUUCCGAUUGUUCGACUUGCUCUACCAUGAGUGGCGAUGAUGAUGAAGAUCGUGGUUACAUACCGAAUCAGGAUUAUGCCGGGGAGGAACAACAACAGAAGGAGGACAUGUUGCAAAGGGAGAGGCGAAAGAAGAUUCAAGUUAAGCCAUCAGGUUGGCGAAAGAUCCGAAACAUCGUUCAAUGGACACCAUUCUUCCAAACUUACAAGAAACAACGUUAUCCAUGGGUUCAGUUGGCCGGCCACCAAGGAAACUUCAAAGCAGGGCCCGAACAAGGCACGGUCCUCAAAAAACUAUGCCCGAAAGAGGAACUGUGCUUCAAAGUACUUAUGAGCGAUGUGUUGAGACCUUAUGUUCCGGAAUACAAGGGACAAGUUACAAGCGAAGACGGAGAGUUGUACCUUCAACUGCAAGAUUUGCUAAGCGAUUUCCACCAGCCUUGCGUAAUGGAUUGCAAGAUUGGCGUUCGUACAUAUUUGGAGGAGGAACUUUCGAAAGCGAAGGAGAAGCCCAAGCUGCGAAAGGAUAUGUAUGAAAAAAUGAUCCAGAUAGAUCCCGAAGCACCCAGUGAAGAAGAACAUCGCGCGAAAGGUGUGACGAAACCUCGGUAUAUGGUUUGGCGGGAAACUAUUUCCAGCACCGCCACUUUGGGCUUUCGAAUUGAAGGUAUUAAGAAAAGUGAUGGGACCAGUUCAAAAGAUUUCAAGACGACGAAGUCUCGAGAGCAAAUUAAGGAUGCAUUCAAAGAGUUCACUGACUGCUUCCCCCAUGCUGUCCCUAAAUACCUGCAACGUCUUCAGGCUAUUCGUGGCACUCUUGAAUGUUCGGAUUUCUUCCAGUCACACGAAAUGAUUGGAAGCUCCUUGCUGUUCGUUCAUGAUCGAAACUCCGCCGGAGUGUGGCUCAUCGACUUCGCCAAGACAGUUAACCUCCCUUCCGAGCUUCAAAUUGAUCACAGCACCACAUGGAAGGUCGGAAACCAUGAGGAUGGCUAUUUAAUCGGUAUCAAUAAUCUCAUUGAUAUUUUUGGCGAAAUUACUGAGGAGCUCGCUAACGAAAUGGCCUCGAAUGCGGCCACGCCUACACCAACGGCCACCAUACUCGAUAGUGAGGAUAGCGAGCUGAUAAUGGCAGAAGCCCUCGGCGGUCGAAGUGAUAGUAUUUAUAGUGAUGCCACGAGUCGGGGCAAGCGGACGAGCAGUGUUGGCGAUUGGGAUACAGAUAGCCUUUGUGAUAGUUCUUUGGCGCUAAAUAAAUUAAGUAUUAAAGAUGAUGAAGCAGAAAUCACGAAAUCUGGGUAAUUGUUUCCAAUUACACCGUUUGUAUAGUACAAUUGCAGAUUAAUACAAUAGUUAUACGUAACCGGAUUUAAUCAUGUAAAAUGCAACUUAGAAAGGAUGAUUUCUAAACUAGGAGUACGUAUUGUUAGAUUAUUUAUUUAAAAUAAUUAUGUAAACGAGGAAAUUUCAUUGAUUUUCGGAAGUACACAAAAAGUUAUCAAAGAGGACAUAUUGUUCACACUUCACACUUUCACUUUAAGCUGGCUGCAUGAGAAAUUUAACGGGUACUUCCUUCUCGAAUCCAUAACAAUUUCCUCUUAAACGAAACGCUACUACGAAAACGCAGGAAUCAUAAAAUUUCAAGUAGCUGAAUUGGAAAGUGAAAUCAUGCCCCCCUAUUGGUUUACGUAUCCGUAGUUGCGUUAAACAAUAUGUUUUCCGAAAAGACUGAGUUUUAUACAAUUUGCUAUGUAUGAUACAUCGUAUAUACCAGCACCCCCAUUCAAAUAGUAAUUAAGUAUUGGCUAAGUGUAUCUAAGCAGGAACACAGUAUGUAUUUCAUUACAUAUAUUCUGUUGAAUUAUAAUAUGAAGUAGAAAUUAAGUUUAAAUUUGUUUACGCUAUAAAGUUAGAAUUAAUGGAAAUUUUAAAUAAGUUCACGUUUUACUAAAUUCUUUGAAAGAACUCUAGUGAACGCUUUAUUUAGCGAACCCUGCCCCUUCCCGUUUUCCUUUUCGAUAUAUUUAUCUCAUUCACAUAGGAGGUAGUAGACAUGUAACAAAUACAUAAAUAAAUACGUUUCGUCUCGACUAAUCCUACAUUACGCUUAGCGCGUCGUUAUAAUAAAACAAAUAGAAAGAAAAC